GUGGAGUAAACAAUCUAAUGAACCAGAAACUCAUCUCUGCUUUCUUGCAUCGCUUUCGCCCUGCUUCCCCUGUAUUUCCUCUCAUUUCACAACUUACACAGCAACAUGAACGAUAUGGAGAUUGAAGAUGUUCAGGUUGACCAGCCAAGGCAGUUAACCGAUAGACAAUUAGCCUCGUUGAUCUCCCUAUGGCGCCUCUCCCACUACAAGCAAGCGCCCUGGAGCACCUGGAGCAUUCUCUACAGCCAACGCCGUCCCCGGAGAUCAAGAGCUCCUAUGCUUUGCUUCGACACGCCUACUUACAAGUUGCUAAAACAGCAGCAGGAGGAGGACCUGCAGAAGAAACAGAUGCACCAACAUCAUAUCUGGAAGCAUGUCCAGGACCGAUUGACAGAGCAGAACGAAAUUUUGGAGCAGGAGAAGGUCCAGAAAAGCGCACAGGGCAAGAAGUCUAAGAACCAGCAGAAGAGAGCAUCAGGAGUAACGGUGUCGACAGACAUGGACACCUCAGGAUCCUCACCGGUCCUGUCACCGACCUCGUCUUCGUCUACAGUCACCUCGGACUCUGGAUCCCCCAAAAACACGACACCCAUAAAGCGGUCUAUUACAUGGAGGUUGCAGAACAAUACCGUCAAGAGAUUCGACAAGACAAGCCCCAUUACUUUGGUCUCGGUGCCUGCAGUCGACAAGCGUCCAGUGAAGAGCGCACUUAAAGUUAGGACAUCGCAGACGAUUCAAAAGACGACAGCGACCAAGACUACAACGACCACUACAACCACUACCACCAAAAGCAAUACCAAUACCAAGAAUGCCUCAGCAGCCGGUCUUGCACGCAAGCAUGCUGUCGAUUUCUUUUAGAGAGAGCAUGGGCAUUGAUGGAGAGUCGUUUAUGCCCGCGCACACACUAGCAUUUAUUUUUUUUUAAAUAAAAAAAAAA